AUGUCCGCCGUUGUAGCCCCCACCGGGAGGGCUGUUAGCGGGGUUGUUCUUAGCGAGGCUGCUGCUUCUAGCGGGUCGGUUCUUAGCGAGGAUCUUCUGGCAGGCGGCGAUGCAGCAGCAGCGGCGGACAGGGGGGAUGCGCAGGGGGUGGCUGUAACGAGGGAGGGGCCAGUGAUAGUGUUGGGGGAGGAGCAAAUCAUGGGGGUCGGGGAAACCGGAAAGAAGGUUCCUUUCUACCUGAGGGAGGCGAAGCCAGGAGUGAUCGAACUGUCUGCGGCUACUCUGCCCCAUGUUCUGCGACUCAGGCCCACGCUCGUCAUGUUCUACGCGCCCUGGUGCCCCUACUGCCAGCGCAUGGAGGCCGCAUGGCUGCAGUCCUUGUCUGUGUCUCCAAUCCCUCCUCCCGUAUCUCUCACGUGCGUCACUCCCCCCCUCUCCAGGCCCACCCUUGUCAUGUUCUACGCGCCCUGGUGCCCCUACUGCCAGCGAAUGGAGGCGGCAUGGGCGGCCCUGGCAGAAAAGCUGCACCAGGAGAGCUUCAACGUGCAGGUGGGGGAGUUGGGAGUGGUGGGGCAAGAGUGGUAUAGCUCGGUGCAGGUGGGGCAAGAGUGGUAUAGCUCGGUGCAAGUGGGGCAAGAGUGGUAUAGCUCGGUGCAGGUGGGGCAAGAGUGGUAUAGCUCGGUGCAGGUGGGGCAAGAGUGGUAUAGCUUGGUGCAGGUGGGGCAAGAGUGGUAUAGCUCGGUGCAGGUGGGGCAAGAGUGGUAUAGCUCGGUGCAGGUGGGGCAAGAGUGGUAUAGCUCGGUGCAGGUGGGGCAAGAGUGGUAUAGCUCGGUGCAGGUGGGGCAAGAGUGGUAUAGCUCGGUGCAGGUGGGGCAAGAGUGGUAUAGCUCGGUGCAGGUGGGGCAAGAGUGGUAUAGCUCGGUGCAAGUGGGGCAAGAGUGGUAUAGCUUGGUGCAGGUGGGGCAAGAGUGGUAUAGCUCGGUGCAAGUGGGGCAAGAGUGGUAUAGCUCGGUGCAGGUGGGGCAAGAGUGGUAUAGCUCGGUGCAGGUGGGGCAAGAGUGGUAUAGCUCGGUGCAGGUGGGGCAAGAGUGGUAUAGCUCGGUGCAGGUGGGGCAAGAGUGGUAUAGCUCGGUGCAGGUGGGGCAAGAGUGGUAUAGCUCGGUGCAGGUGGGGCAAGAGUGGUAUAGCUCGGUGCAGGUGGGGCAAGAGUGGUAUAGCUCGGUGCAGGUGGGGCAAGAGUGGUAUAGCUCGGUGCAGGUGGGGCAAGAGUGGUAUAGCUCGGUGCAGGUGGGGCAAGAGUGGUAUAGCUCGGUGCAGGUGGGGCAAGAGUGGUAUAGCUCGGUGCAGAUUGCCAUCGGCAAGUUUCCUGGUACACAACCAACCAGCACCACCAAUUUCCCCCUUGUGAGCGUGCGGCCAAUUCAUUCAUCCAGAAAACUGCUGCUUGCUGCUUAUGACGACAUCAGCGCAAUCGUAAGGCUUUCCGAAACCUCCCGAAAAGCAUCAUCGUCCUCUCCUGCUGCGGCACUGUUCUCCCAGCAAAUCGACGAUCCGGAUUUCAGCCUGCUCCCCAUCGCACGGCCGGAAUUGCACCAGCUGGGCGAGUGCUUCGCGUGCGCCCCUCCGGCCAGCCCGCGCCGCCAGCCCCUCAAAGGCAUCAUCACAUUCUUUGGAGGCGCCUUCCUGGGAGCUUCGCCAGACGUCUUCUACAGUUACUUUCUGGACCUUCUUGCUAAGGGCGGCUAUCUGGUGGUGGCUGUGCCUAAUCCAAUCACCUUCGACCACGUGGCAGCAGCUGCCGGCCUGCACGCCCGUGCCACGUCAGCACUCGAUGUGCUCCAGCUGCACGGGCUGCCCUCUGCAGGGAUCUCUGCUGCUGACGUGGACGGUCUGCCAGUCUACAGCGUGGGACACAGCAAUGGCGCUCUGAUGCAGCUGCUGAUGGGUAGUCUCUCCACCACCAAGAGAGACCGCCUGCCUGACGCCAAUGUCAUCAUAGCAUUCAACAACCGCCCAGCGUCCUUUGCAGUGCCAUACUUCGACCAGAUGGGGCCAGCAGUGCAGCAGCUAGCUCCAGCCAUCGAAGCCUUUCCUCUCACUGGCAUUGCGCUGAGUGUGGCGGAGCAGGCGUUGGAAGCCCUACAGCGCGGCAGCAUCCCGCUGCCACCGGGGGUGGUGAGGAACGACCUUGACCCGCUCGGGCGCUUCCUUGAACAGAUCCCGCCCGUUCUCGGACAGGUGCGGGACGGAGUGUCGGAGUUCACGCCACCACCGGCCGAGACAAGGAAGCUCAUCGCCUCCUCCUAUGCUGUCCCACGGAACCUCCUGAUCAAGUUCUCGGUCGACACCUUAGAUGAGACGGACCAGCUGGAGCCCAUUCUCACAGGGCGCAUGGAGGAGAUCGGUGGCUCAGUGUCCACUCUGCUGCUUGAGGGGACUCACGCCACUCCCCUCGCUCCGUCCAAGAUGCUUUCUCACCGGUUGAUGCUAUUGCCCAAGGACUGA